AUGGGUGAGAUUCCGGGCUAUCUCUUGGGUUUUCCCCACUCAUCGUUUUCCAACAAUCCCAACUUAUGCGGGCUCCCACUGCAGAAAUGUAACUUGGCUCUGUCUCGGCCCGGUGGAGCCAUGGCCUCUUCUGUUAGCCCGAAAACAACCAUUGCGUCAUCCCCCACAGCUAUGUCGGCCCAGAUGAACCCGCCCAGAAAGGCCCGAAAUGCUCACGGGAGCAAAAUCAACUGGUUCGUCAUAAUAGUCAUAAUAGUUGGAGAUGAUUUGGUUUUGGGAGGUCCUAGGCGAACCCCACUGGACUGGACCACACGACUGAAAAUAGCAUCAGGUGCAGCCCACGGCCUAUCUUUCAUCCACUCCUCGUGCAAGCCCCUCCACGGCAACAUAAAGUCAACAAAUGUCCUAAUCGACAAGGACGGUAACUCAAGAUUAUCAGACUACAGCCUCUCCAUCUUCUCCACACUUCCCUCGGCCUCUAAAUCCGAUGGCUACUGUGCUCUUGAGGCCUCGUUGGACAACCGGAAACUGAGCCCACAGUCGGAUGUGUCCUCGUUCGGGGUCCUCCUGCUGGAACUCCUGACUGGGAAGUGUCCCAGCCUGAAUGACCAUAAUGCCCCCGGGGUGCUCGACCUGCCGAGGUGGGUCCAGUCGGUGGUGAGGGAGGAGUGGACUGCUAAGGUGUUCGACUUGGAGCAGAUGAGGUACCGGGAAAUUGAGGAGGAGAUGGUGGGCCUGUUGCAGGUCGAGAUGGCGUGUGCGCAGGCCCUACCCGACCUUCGCCCCAAGAUGGGCCGAGUCGUCACGAUGAUUGACGAGCUGAGGGGGGUGCCGUCCGAUGAAAUCUCAACGAGUGAAUGA